AGAGCCUGUGAUUUGUCAGGGAAAUCUCGGCCACCUGCUCCCCGCAUGCAAAUGGACCUAAACCCCUGACAGCUGCUCCUUGGGCCUCCAACUCUAAGCCCCGUCUUCCCUCUCUGAGCUUGACCGAGACAUAGGGGCAGCCUGAUCCCUCUGGUUCCAGCCUUCACAGCCCCAGCAGGACUCCGUGAGUCAUGGGGGCAAGGAGUGGGCCAAACCCCAGAUGGGAGCGGGGUCGGGGUUGCUCCCCGCUUCCCACCCUUGGUCCACUCAAAGCAGGGACAGGCCCAUCCAUCUUCCUCUCUGGAUCCCCUGUGCCUUUCCCCACCCCCCAGGAUCAGACCCAGGGGCAGCUGGUUGGGGUUUGUUCAGAAGAAGGAUUAUCCAGAUCAGUCCCUUCUAAUCUCAGCUCCUGCCUGCACCCUCCCCAUAUUCACCGUAACCCUCUUACCCCCCUUCCCCACAACUCUGAGCUAAGAGUCAAAAUCUUGGGCAUUGACGAUGAGCCACCUCUCACCCUCCUAUUCUGGCUCCUGGACUGGUUGCUAGGCAGGCCCUGACUGCCACGAUCAUCAGCGUUGGUGGGGGCAAGGGCCUGGCGGGGUGGGGGGUGGGGGGGCUGGAGCUGUGGUUGCUUCUGCUCUUCUGCCCCCCUCCCAAACCCCAAACUUUAAUCCUCACAGCUUUGCUCUAAUCCCAUGGGGCCUGAUGCUCUUAUCUCUGCCUACAGGGAGACUGGCCCAGGAAGCACCCCUCAGCCCCUCUUCCCUCCAGGGCUUGUGAGGGGCUGCUCCUCUCUAUAGCCCCACAUCCCUGUUCCCACCUACCCACCGCCCCAGGCUGGGCCCAAGUCUCUCUGGAAGCCGCACACCUCCCUUCCUGCCCUCUCCCCACACCGUUGCCAGCUGAUUUCAUUUGCCUGACGUCGUCGUUGUCGUUGCCCUACCCUUCUCUGUCAGUGCUCCCCCUGACCCCCCCCCCAGAGUUGGGGCCAGGCCAGGCCAGCUCCUCUGGCAGCAGAGCCGGGGCAGGUGACGGGUUGGCGUCGCAGCUGAGGGAGUGAGGAAGCGCCUGGAAACCUGGGAGAGGUCCAGUCAGAGUCCAAGAGCCGGAGCUACCCCUCAACCUGUCAGCCAUGGGGGAAAUGGAGCAGCUGAGGCAGGAAGCGGAGCAGCUCAAGAAGCAGAUUGCCGAUGCCCGGAAAGCCUGUGCUGACAUUACUCUGGCAGAGCUGGUGUCUGGCCUAGAGGUCGUGGGGAGAGUCCAGAUGCGGACAAGGCGGACGUUAAGGGGACACCUGGCCAAGAUCUAUGCCAUGCACUGGGCUACCGACUCCAAGCUGCUCGUAAGUGCCUCGCAAGACGGGAAGCUGAUCGUGUGGGACACCUAUACCACCAAUAAGGUGCAUGCCAUCCCCCUGCGCUCCUCCUGGGUUAUGACCUGUGCCUAUGCCCCGUCAGGGAACUUUGUGGCAUGUGGGGGGCUGGACAACAUGUGCUCCAUCUACAGCCUCAAAUCCCGUGAGGGCAAUGUCAAGGUCAGCCGGGAGCUGUCUGCUCACACAGGUUAUCUGUCUUGCUGCCGCUUCCUGGAUGACAACAACAUUGUGACCAGCUCCGGGGACACCACUUGUGCUCUGUGGGACAUCGAGACUGGGCAGCAGAAGACUGUGUUUGUGGGACACACAGGGGACUGCAUGAGUCUGGCCGUCUCUCCUGACUUCAAACUCUUCAUUUCGGGGGCCUGUGACGCCAGCGCCAAGCUCUGGGACGUGCGGGAGGGAACCUGUCGGCAGACAUUCACUGGCCAUGAGUCGGACAUCAACGCCAUCUGCUUCUUCCCCAACGGAGAGGCCAUCUGCACAGGCUCAGACGAUGCCUCCUGCCGCCUCUUUGACCUGCGGGCAGAUCAGGAGCUGACUGCCUACUCCCACGAGAGCAUCAUCUGUGGCAUCACAUCCGUGGCCUUCUCCCUCAGCGGCCGCCUGCUCUUCGCAGGCUAUGAUGACUUCAACUGCAACAUCUGGGACUCCAUGAAGGGCGAGCGUGUGGGCGUCCUCUCUGGCCACGACAACAGGGUCAGCUGCCUGGGGGUCACAGCUGACGGGAUGGCUGUGGCCACUGGCUCCUGGGACAGCUUCCUCAAAGUCUGGAACUAAGGAGGCUGGAGGAGGGGAGGUAAAAGGCCACGAAGACACAGCUGCCCCUCCCCUGCCCAAUUUUUUCCUAAGGUUUCUUAAAGUUUUCUCUUCUAUACCCUAGUUGCCAUUCCCACCCAGCUUUGUCCCUUGAGGGCGGUGGGGAAAAAUGGGGAGUCUGCCUUUGGGAGGCAUUAUCAGGGACACGGGGGCAAAGAACUGCCCCAUUUCCUCCCAUGGUCUCCCCUCUCCACGGUCCUGUAGCUUCUCCCUUAAUAAGCAAGGACAACUGACCCCUCCAGCCCUUGGCAAGCCUAACAGGCUUCCAGUCUGAGGCCCCAGGCCCUGGAAUUCCUCCCCCCAGAGCCACUACCUUUAUCCAGAUCUGGGUGGCAGAGAGCACUCAGCCCUGUGACUAUGGCUCUGGCACCACUAAGAUCCUGUCACUUGUCUCCUUCAUGAUCUCUCCCUUUUCUACCUUCUUUAUUUCUCUCAUAAAGCACCUGCAAUAAAGUGUACAGGCCUGGGA